AUGUCCAUGCCCAAGCGUUCGCGCGAUGCCUCUCCAGCUGCCCGCCGCAACCCCACUGCCCACGCCGUGCCAGCCGGCAGUGCGCUUUCCUCGGCAGCCACCGGCCGUGGCGACGCGCGUGGCGCAGCGUCCGUCGUUACAGUGCUGGACGACACGCCCCCCAAUACUCCACGGGAGUCCGACAUCUCCCUCAACACGCCGCCGGCUCUCCCAGAGGCGGACUUGUGUGCGAUCUGCCUGGACCCCAUCGACCCCACGACCACCGGCGAGGCAUGCACUGCCCGGUCUGCGCUGCGGGAGGCUGGGCCAACGCCGACGACCAAUGGUUGCGAGCGGCCUGUGCGACACGGGGGAUCGAGGCGCCUACACGGCUGCCCGCCCCGUCCACCGUGCGCCACGGCAUGCCACGGCGUCGCGGACUACACGAUCCGCACAUUCACAUCCAACGAUGCGCCUGAACCUCAGCCACCAACUCAUGUGCGCGUGCUCUGCUGCCGCCGAGUCGCAGCCGUCCGUGGGGACGGGGGGGAAAUCAAUUUCGUUGAGCUCCCGGACCGGAGAAUGCAGUGGUCACCCAUCGCCGUCCGCGGUGACACCGGCAUCAUGGCAUGGCGCCUGUCCUGGGCGUGCCCGCGCUGCUCGCGAGUCCUGGACUGGGAAGAGGCUGCGGUGCCUGCCGCGCUCGCCGUACUCCCCGAUGCGCCUGCCAGCGAUCUCGCCCCCGUGCGCGGGUCGUGGUACGAAGUCGGUCCGCCAGCAGGGAACUCGCACUCAGCCACAAACUCCUGGUUGUUCGUCCCGCUCCUGCACGCCGCAUGCGGCACCCUGUCUCCGCGAGCCGCCGAAGCAUGGAGCCGUGAGGAGCGCUGCCAGCCAUGGUGGGGUGAAGCACGCCACACGCUCCUUCACUCGGCGCCGGUUGCUGCCGCCCUGCUCCUCGAUGCCCUUCGCGCGGCAGCUGCCCAGCACCACACUCCACCUCCCCAAAACUUCAUCGCUGCAGCCCAGGCGUUGCCCUCCGGCGCUGAGCUGCAUUUAAGUUGGGUCGUUCGUCAGCUCGCUUCUGCCGAAGGCUACAUCCACGCAGGAGCGCAGGAAGUGUGUCUGCAACUGUAUGGGGGGCUCAGUUUUGCUGCGAACCUCGACCGCUUUUCUGAUUCGUUUCGCCGCAACGACGAAGCGCCGGUCCCUCCUGCACCUGCUGGCCCGCGUCCCGCCGCUGCAGACCUUGGUGCACGGCAGUCUGACGGUGACGAGGGCCUCGACUCGCCCGACGACGAGGUCGCUGCCGUUGUUUCGGAGCGCGCCCCGGGCGCUGCCCAGCAACGGCGUGGGCGAGGCGGAGGGCGUCGCGGCCGCAGAGCAGCACGCGGACACAGGAUUCCAGAGCCUCCGGUGCUGGCAGGCGCCCCUUGCACGGCCGCCGCAGCUCCAACGCAGGCGGAGCAACGGGUUGGCGCUGCUUCCACAGGCGUGCGCCUCGGCCUCGAGCAGCUCGACGGCGUCGAUCUCGCCUUUGAGCUGCGCCGUCGGACACUCACACUCCAAAGCGCUCCGACCCAACUUCGAGGCGUUCUCCGUUAUGCCCUGCGGACGGGGUUGGAGCAGGCCGUCGCAGGUGCUGGGCCGGACGACACAACCCGUGGCUGGAAACUCUUUUUCUUGGCACCCCGCAUGCUACUGCACCGCGAGCCCGGCCAAUCGCGCAUCGAGCCUGCCGAGCUCGAGCGGCGCGCAGAUGCGUUCCGCCGCGGUGAUUGGCCCUCGCUUCUCCGCGCAGCCUGCUCCGCACCUCCCGCGCAGCCUACCCCGUGCCCACCCGCUGGCGGGGCCGACUCUGAGCGUCGAGCGGCGCGCGCCACCGCGCUCGUCCACUUGGGGGAACUUUCUGCAGCGAGUCGGGCCCUCACGGCCGAGCCACUC